UAGAUAAGAUAAUUCUGGAAGAUUCUAAAUAUCACGAACUGCAGGACAGCUAAUUAAUGAUAAAAUUUCGAACAGAUACUACAUAUUAAAGACGUGAUUUCAUCUGAAAUAAAUCACCGAAAAUGAGUAAUCCAUAAACGCAUUACAAUUAAGUGGUAGCAGACGAAAAUAGUAGAUAAUUUUUUUCUUCGUAAGAAAACUCGUUUUCCUUCACAAGAAUUUAUCGUCCUUGAAUAUCUCUACUGUUAGUAACAGCGGUUAGGGAAUUUAAUGAUAAUUCUUAGGUUUUUUGAGGAAAAAAAAAGUUGAAUUAGGAUUAUAAAACACAAUUACACACGAAUUCACUUUAUAGAAUAUUCUAAUAGUUUUAUAUCAUAAAUGAAAUAUAUUGAGACGAAUUUCAAAUGGUUUAAAACAGAAUCGUUUGGUAAAUGUCACAAAUUCUAUUAGCAUUUUAUAGUGAAGAAAGACAGGUAUACAAGUCAUCAAGGAAAACUAAGGGUUUUCUAUGCAAGCUGCAAUGACAAGCCUUUUAGAAAAAUCAUUUUUACAAGUUUAUAUUCUAUUAUAUUUUGCAAGUGUAUUGAACUGUGAAAGGAUAAAGAGACAAAUAAUUUUCGAAGAUGAUGACAGAACAAACAGAUUUACAGCUAAAUAUGAUUGUAUAGAUCCAAUUAGAAAUCGUGGUACCUGUAUGAGGUUGACAGGGUGCCCAUCUCUUAGGAGAAUUUCCAACUACAACCGAUUGCAACCUUUUAUCUGUGGGUUUGAAGGCAGCGAACCAAGAGUAUGUUGUGCUAUAGAAGAGGGUGUAGAUACAGGUGAACCCCGUAUACCACCCACAAGACGAACAACUACUAGAAGAACACCUACCCCUACGAGAAGAAGAAUCUCCACUAGGAGACCCACAGUCACUACUACUACUACUACCACAAGGAGACCACCCCCUGAAAACUUACUAAAACCAAGUUUCUUACCUGCUCGUUGUGGUAUAUCUAAUGCUACUGAUACUAGAGUUGUUGGUGGAAGAGAGGCAGAUCCUGGUAGUUGGCCUUGGAUGGCAGUUGUGUUUGUAGAAAAAAGAAAUGGUGUCAUGAGUCCUGACUGUGGAGGUGCCCUUGUCACUAACAGGCAUGUGGUGACAGCUGCUCACUGCGUCGUCACUGGCAGGUCGUCAACUACGAUGAGUCCUCGUCAACUGAGCAUUAGACUUGGUGCCCAUAAUGUCGCUUCCAGCAAUGAUCCUAGUGCCAUUGAAGUUGGCGUGGAUGGUGUCCGUCGCCAUGAAAGGUUCGAUCCCAGGACGUACAGGAAUGACAUAGCUGUUAUCAGAUUGAAUAGAGCUGUUCCUUUCACUUCACGUGUCUCUCCCAUUUGCUUGCCUUAUGAUAGUCUCAGAGGCGAAGACUUAACUGGAAGAAAAGGAACUGUUAUUGGAUUUGGAACAACAGCUUUUAAUGGUCCAUCAAGUGAUGUUUUGAUGCAGGCCACCUUCGAUAUUCAAAGUCAGGAAGUUUGUAAAAAAGCCUAUGAAAGGGAAGUUAACAUCACUUCGGUCUACAUGUGCGCAGGUGUUGAUACAGGAGAAAAAGACUCAUGUCAGGGUGACUCAGGAGGACCACUGAUGUCUGUCGGUAAAGAUGGAAACUAUUACCUGGUUGGUGUCGUUUCAUUUGGGAAACUUUGUGGUCAACCUGGAUAUCCCGGCGUAUAUACAAGAGUGACAGAAUUUUUGGACUGGUUGACCAGAAACUUGGUAGAAUAAUAAAUUAAAAUUAAGCUAAUUAAAAAAUUUGUUUAACAUACAAGUGCUACACUAUCGCCAUCGUCACACCAUCGGUUAGUUUU